AUGAGCUUGUUUGCAAACUCAGUGCUGCAACAGAGGCCGAGGAGGGAGGAACGCUGAGGGGGUGCUGGCAAAAAGGGAGGGGGGGGGGUUUGUCCUGUCCCCCAAAAGGUCCCCAGGAUGAAGCACCCCGUCCCUGGGGGGCUGCGGGAGGAGGAAGAAGAAGAGGAGAGAGUGUUGGUGUCGGAGCAGAGCUGGAGACCGUGCCCCAAAGCCCGCAGGAGGCUCCGAGGGUGCCUGGAGUGGGUGAAGCAGCAGCUAUUCCGUGUCGGGGAGGAUUGGUAUUUCCUCUUCAUCCUGGGGGUCCUCAUGGCCAUUGUCAGCUUCAUGAUGGACCUUCUCAUCUUCAGGCUCUACGAGGCCCACCGGUGGCUUUACCAAGAGGUCGGUGAUGUUUUGGUGCUCAAGUACCUCUCGUGGACCAUAUACCCAAUAGUGAUGGCAACCUUCUCCACUGGCUUCUCCCAGAGCAUCACCCCUCACUCUGUAGGCUCUGGCAUCCCAGAGCUGAAGACCAUCCUGACGGGGGUGGUGCUGGAGGACUAUCUGGCCAUCAAGAACUUUGGAGCCAAGGUGGUGGGGUUGACCUGCACCCUGGCUGCUGGCAGCACCGUUUUCCUGGGCAAAGUGGGGUCCUUUGUCCACCUCUCCACCAUGGCUGCAGUGUAUCUGGGGAAGAUGAGGACCUCGGUCAUGAAGGAGUAUGAGAACAAGUUCAAGCAGAACGAGAUGCUGGUGGCAGCACAAGCCGUCGGGGUGGCCUCAGUUUUUGGAGCACCCAUUAGCG